AUAUACAUAAACGAAUGGUAACAAAUAUCGAUAGAUUUUAACGCUUUCUUGGUAAUCUCCACUAUCGACUGUCAGUGAAUCAUCGCCCACCAGUUCGCCGUUAUGCAAAACGACAAGCAGAAUAAACACGAGUUAGUAACGUGAUAACAAAAAAAAAACAUCAAAUGACAAGACUCUAGAAAGCAGACAGUUUUGGUUGUUCUCUUAAACAGUGCUCUAUAUCUGUGCGGCAGCAUGCAUGUGCUGGCUCGAGGAUGCGUAGUUGUCUAUCAACCACUACUGCAGCAUAGCAGGAGAUAUUUAAUGCAACGUACAUUCACAGCAUUUGCAAGCAGGUCCCCUAUUUUACCAAGACCUGAUGUAAUCGCUUAUGGCCGGACGUUUGGAAGACGGCACGCACAUGGCAAGGGCGAGGCCAGGCAGGCUAGCACUUUCAUGCUUAUGCGUUGGAGCAAACUGGUGUGGAGCAAAAUGUUUGGCAAAUAUCUGCUGCUGACCAAUGUCCUCGGGUCCGGUGUCCUGAUGGCUGUGGGCGAUGUUAUUGCCCAGGAGUAUGAAAAGCAUCACGGCCUGAGUCACCAGAAUAGCUUUGAUGGCGAACGAAUCUUUCGUAUGUUCGUGGCGGGCGCGGUGCAGGGUCCCCUGCAUCAUUUCGUAUACAAUUGGAUGGAUCGCAUCAUGCCGCAUCGCACAUUGAAGAACAUCUUCAAUAAGAUACUCAUUGAUCAGUUAUUCAUGUCGCCUGUCUGCAUUGUGUUGUUCUUCUAUACGGUAUGUCUUUUGGAGCGACAAACCCUAAAGGCAACGAAUGACGAGCUAAUUAGCAAAUUUCCCUACAUAUAUCUGAUGGAUUGGCUAACAUGGCCAGCGGCACAAUACAUUAAUUUUCGUUACCUGGACACCAAAUAUCGUGUCGCCUUUGUCAAUGUCUGCACGGCGGUAUACAAUGUGCUCAUGUCGUAUAUGAAGCACGACUUUGGCGUACCUCUGCCCAUCGAUAAUUCCAUUGGAUUGUCAACGGGCAAACUGCCCGCCACGCCCACCUCUCAAUCGAACGAAAGAGAAACCAAAACAUGAUUGUAAGAAUCUGAUAAAUUAUGUGAUAUUCAAGUAAAUUCUUAGCUACAUUUGUUAAGUCA